UAGUAGCAAUUUGUACUCCUUCGUAGAAGUGUCGUUAUCGAACCGCACGGUGAUUGCAUUCCGGUUGUGUGUACGUGUGUGCAUCAUUCCUCCUGGGUAACAACGAUUAUCAACUUUGCCACUGAGCUUGUCGUUUGAGAAGAAAGGCAUUGUGUGUGAAAAGUCGUGGCUGUGACAAUUUCUUGAGAUUCCUGGUGGUUCUAUUGGAGCAUGUGUCACGGCCGUUUGUGCAUAUGCAGUGCAGAUAAAUGCGUUCACUAAUUAGCUAAUUAAUUUCUCCUCCUCUGGCGUUCCUUACCGGCUGACCAACCUUUUCGGGGUGUGGAAACUUAGUGUGUGAGCUGUUAUAAUUAACAGCGCGAUCAGGAAGAAUCUAGAAAAGGAGAAGUGCAAAUUUGAUAACCCUCUCGAGAGUUACUGGUGUAAAGCGGUGCGCACAGUGUUUUACCGUGCUAGUUACGGGUCUCGAUCAGAGCAGUUGCAAGAAUACUACAAUUUAACGAGAAACCCACGCUCAAGCGACUUCGCUAACUGGUCCCAUUUAAGGCGCGUGGCUAUUAGUCACAGUUUGUGUUGUUCAAUCUGUGCCGUGUUCGUAAACAGGAAUAUUUGCAUGAAUAACUUACAGCACUAAGCUGAGUUGAUUCAAUCUUGCUUGGUGUCGCCGCGAGCUUGUCGUGUUCGGUGUAGUGUAUACUAUUGUAGCGUAAAGUGUCAUAACCGCCAUAGAGCUAGGAUCGCGAGAGUCAGAAAAUCUAUGCUACCUCUGUGCAUCGCCAAUGUCUACGUAGAUGUGUGUGCGUGUGUGUGUUUCAUCCCCAGUACUUGCUGCCUCCCCAGUUGGCUCAAGAUUGAAUGAAGAAAACGGAAUUUCUUGAGUGAAAGAUUGUCAAAACAAAUCACUACCAACUCGACCUUUCGUUACCUCCCUAGUGGGAUCUAGCUAAGUCAAGAGUGAUGGUGUUUAAAAAUUAAUCCCACAGAAGUGAAAAAAGAUUUAUCCCUCCUUCUCACCGAGCUCCAAACACGUCUGAAGAUCGAAAAGAUAGCAUUUUCCUAAAGGCCUGGUUGUCAGAACGUUGUCGUUGGCAAUAACAGCAUACUUGUAAAUUGUACUAGCUCAGAAAGUGCCCGGCAAGUGAAAGUGUGUGGAGGCAUCACGGGCUGUCGGAGCUGUCUGAUUGAGGAAUUAAUUAUUAAUUGAUGUGAGGAAGAAAUUUCGCAUUUUUCGGUAACCCAGUCGGUGUGAAUUGUGUCUACAGAUUAGUAUCAACAAGUGCAAGUAAAACAGCUAAAUAAGCAGCAGUAUCGUGAAAUUGAAAGCACAUUCAAUAUCCUGGUUGGUUAUUACUGCAGCCAGCAGUUCAGUGUUCUGUGAAACGCGGCAAACGCGUUGGAUUCGGUCAUCAUUGAGCCGCCUAUGUACAUCAAGAAGGAGCGGAAAAAGGAAGGAGUAACAAUGCGUGAGAAAAAAGGAGGAGCCCUACAGAAGCUGAAAAAACGACUAUCGCACAGCUUUGGUCGAUUAUCGAUAUCACGGGAGGAGAACGAUGACAGCACCCAGCACAAUAACCACCAUCUUCCUCACCAUCAUCACCACCAUCACGGACAUGGCCACAAUCGUGGCGGUAAAGUGCCCUUCAACGGUUACACCUCCGAGGAGUAUCUGGAUCGGCUGGAGCCGAACGGCAACAUCCCGGUCGACAAAACGUACAACAAACACUGGAACCGAGUCGGUGAUCACGACCGAGUGCAUCGGCAACUGUCAGUGUCCUCCGAUAGCAAACUGCUAGACGAUGACAUUCGGGAAGAAACGCGUGUGAUAAUGCGACCUAAGAAGCCGCCCCGGCCCAAGUCCGAAGUGUUUCUGAAUAAACAUGACCCGCAUCCCAGAAGGAAACGGUUUAGUGCAUUUGGGGGUGACUCACCUUUCGGUAAAACAGAAGCAUAUAUCAAACUAGAACAACUUGGGGAAGGAUCUUAUGCGACGGUAUUUAAGGGUUAUAGCAAUUUAACAAAUCAAGUAGUAGCGUUAAAGGAAAUCAGGUUACAAGAAGAGGAAGGUGCACCAUUCACGGCGAUCCGGGAAGCGUCCUUAUUGAAAGAACUGAAACACUCGAACAUUGUGACGUUGCACGACAUUGUCCACACGCGGGAAACGUUGACGUUCGUGUUUGAAUUUGUGAAUACCGACCUCUCGCAGUACAUGGAACGGCAUCCGGGUGGCCUGGACCACCGAAACGUGCGGUUGUUUCUUUUUCAGCUUCUGCGCGGGCUCUCCUAUUGCCAUAAAAGACGUGUCCUGCACCGGGACGUGAAGCCGCAGAACCUACUCAUUAGCGAAAUGGGUGAAUUAAAGCUGGCCGACUUCGGACUGGCCCGUGCCAAGAGUGUUCCCAGUCACACGUACUCGCACGAAGUGGUCACACUGUGGUACCGACCGCCAGACGUACUACUAGGCAGCACCGAGUACUCGACCUCCCUGGACAUGUGGGGAGUCGGAUGCAUAUUCGUCGAGAUGAUCACCGGCAUGCCAACGUUCCCCGGUAUCCGGGAUACGUACGACCAGCUGGACAAAAUCUUCAAGAUUCUCGGUACACCGACGGAAGAUUCGUGGCCAGGCGUGACGCAUUUACCAGGUUAUAAACUACAUAUGCUAGGUUUCUUCAAGCCCCGCAAGCUAGGUUUAAGUUUUCCCCGCCUGUACGAUAUUAUCGAAGGUGAGACUAUGGCAAGUGCGUUACUUCAGCUGAACCCGGACAACCGGAUAAGUGCGGAGGAUGCGCUGCGACAUCCGUAUUUUGCUCCGUUGCCAAAAAAAUUAUACGAACUGCCGGAUGAGAUAUCCAUCUUCUCCGUGGAAGGUGUGUACCUGCAUCCGGAGCCAAAUCGCCACCAUCCACACCAUAAAUGAGAGUUAAGACAAAGUAAAACCCUAGAUGCAAUACGUUAUUAUUGUUAGUAGUGAAUGCGAGCGGAGAAAAAAGCAAAGAGGAAAGAAACUAAUAGAAAAAAGUCUGUAGACAUAAAUUGUUCUGCGUUCUGUGAUCAAGCGAAGAAGUUGAAUGAUUGGUGGAACAACGUGAUAUGGAUCCGGCGCAUUCAUUUCCCGUAUGGGGCGCUGUUGUUGCAAACAUCGUUCGUCGUCUUAGAGAAUGCGCCAUAAAUUCCAAUGGUCAAUACAUAUUAGCAAGCGAACUACUACACGACACCCACAUGUAAAGAUUAUUAAAGAAAAUUCAAACACUGAACUGAGGCAGAGGACCAGCGCAUCGCAUUACCGCUAAUAUCAUCGGGACACGUACAAAGCGAUGUCCAACAAAGCUCCAACAUAACUAGAAAAUCGAUUAAACCCCACUAAUUGAUGAACGAAUACAACUGAAGUGCCGAAUCUGAUCGGGUAGUGUCCAUCAUUGCGAUCGAUCGCUGUGUAGUUAGCUAGUGGCUUUCGCCAUCUAGUGCAAAUCGAACUCUUCACACGUAUGAAUCAUUCUUUAUUUUAUUUUUAGUACUGCAUAGUUUCAUUAACUCGAUUAACGAACAAUGUAUUAUUCGGUUGGAUUUUAUUACUUUUUUCGACAUCCAACUUUUCCAAAUUAUGUAAUUGAGAUAUUUUCCAAAAGUUUUUUUUUAAUUAGUUUCUUUGAAAGUUGAUUUUAACCUAUCUUCUAGAAAAAAACGUAUUAAACAAAGUUAAAUAUGAAUUAUAAAAAAACGCUGAAGCAGGUAUCAUUCAGUUCCUGUUGAGAUCUCACACGGAACUGGAAGCAAUUGUAAAGCUAGGAAAGCAAAGUUAUAACAAUCGUGAUUUCAAUUAAGUCUAUAUAUUAUAUUCAGUUAAGUCGAUAACAUAUUUUCGUUUCCAGCUCAUAUUACUAGAGUCAAAAUUUCCUGUUCAAUCUCUCGGAUAGCUGUUGAACAGCUGCUAGGAAAAAAGCGAAAGUUUAGACAAAAAUCAUAACCCGUUAUGAUUUUAAAUUACUGUAAACUAUUCAAACCCUAGGAAAACCUAUUCAAAGAUAGUAAAAGAUGCAUGACUGAGAGGAAUGAAAGUGCUAGGCAGAUAACACAGAAUAAUGAGGUUUUUUUUUACUAAAAAGUGAUUGCAGCGUAUUGAUUUUAGGCAAACAAUAUAUAGAGGAGCUAUUAAACUGAAUAAACAAAUAAUUUCAUUUAUAA